GUUCGUCUUUACUCAAUCCAUUCCAUUAAUGUCUAUGACGAGGCCAUUCUUGUAUGGUUCUGCGAACUUAAUGCGAACCCUUCACCCUCUAAUGUCUCCCAACCUCGUCUCUAUACAAUUCCAACCAACUCUUCUAGGUAGUACUGUGAAACUCCAUUUCUCCACUAUAACUUCGAUUUUCAAAGCCUCUCGGAGGUGCUGUGGCGCAGUCAGGGUGUCGAAGCUUCAUCAGCCUCGAAGCUGCUAUACGGACACAGUGAUUGUAGCUAAAGAUGGCAAGUACGGGAAUAAACAGAUUAUUAGUGUUACGCCUCAGCUUUAUGAUUACAUGCUAGCCAAUGUUCGAGAACCAGAGAUUCUGCGGGAGCUUCGCGAAGAGACUGCUUCUAUGCGAGGGAGUCAGAUGCAGGUGUCUCCUGAUCAAGCUCAAUUACUCGCAAUGCUUGUUCAAAUUCUUGGGGCACAGCGAUGCAUUGAAGUUGGUGUUUAUACUGGAUAUUCAUCCUUGGCUAUUGCCUUGGUCCUUCCAGAAUCAGGUCGAUUGGUUGCAUGCGAAAGAGAUGCAAAGUCUCUUGAGAUUGCAAAAAGGUAUUAUGAGCGAGCUAAGGUUUCCCACAAGGUGGACGUGCGACAUGCAUUAGCAGCAGACACCUUAAGGUCCUUAAUUAUGAAUGGGGAAGCUUGCAGUUAUGAUUUUGCAUUUGUUGAUGCUGAGAAAAGAAUGUAUCAUGAAUAUUUUGAGCUGCUUCUACAACUGGUGAGGGUUGGGGGUGUAAUUGUGGUUGAUAAUGUUCUUUGGCAUGGAAAAGUGGCUGAUCCUCUGGUAAAUGAUCCAAAGACCAGCAGCAUAAGAGAAUUUAAUAAAAAUAUUAUGGAGGAUUCUCGUGUUAGCAUCAGUAUGGUACCUAUUGGAGAUGGCAUGACAAUAUGCCGCAAAUUGUGACCUGUUACAGAUAUGCUGUUAAUGCCAUGGUCCUGUGACUAUUUCUCCUGGAGGACCUUGGCUAUGUUUGCAGCCUGCAAGAUAUUGUUAUUGAUGACAUUGCAUACAAGGGCUGCCCAGGUUUGUUCAGUAGCAUCCAAAGCUUCCUGAUAAAUAUCAUCAAUAAUGGUAGGAUCUCUUGAGUGCACGUUGUAGAGUUGAUGUGUUUUGAUUUAGUGGGGAGGGCUUUAAUUCCUGGAAAU